UCGUGGAAGAAAAAAAGAUGCUCCUCAAACUAAACCCAGCACCGCUGUUCCUGCCGCCUCUGCCCCUGCACCAUGGCAUGGAUUGUCCUUCUCCAAAGAAGCUGUUUUAUCACAAGCUUGUGGCAAAGUCUAGCCCUAGGCAUCAACUAUCUUCGCAGCUAAAAUCCCCUCUCGUGAUUGCGGCUGCCAAUAAAACCGAGCAGCCUUGAUGAGGUCCUUUGAUUUGGCUGACAAAGGGAACAACCAGUGCCAGAAAAACACGGGAUUGACAGAGAUUUUUGACAGGGAUAUGCCAAAUUCGUACCGAUCCCGUAAUUUUAGUGUACCGAGCACUAAUGAUACACUAUAAUGAAUGGUUUUCGUUUCUGAUCCCUGCGGUAUGUUAUUUGUUUUGUUUAUUUUCCUGGUGGUUUUUCGCGUUGCUGUUGGUUGGUAUGUCGAAAGGAACAACACCUAUGUCGUUACCCGGGUAUUCAUCCGGGAGAACCAAAAGAUAUUUCACAAUUUGUUGGAUGAAAAAAUCCAAACCAACGAGUUCCUUUGCCGUGUUUUGGAUAACUUGCUAUUCAAUUUGGAUGACUGCAUGGCUGGUUAUUCAUAUGUGGCCAAUGUAAAAGGUCCUGCAGAGUAUACAUAUAGGUGCAUUGAAGAACUCAUUAAACUGAAGAAAAUUGCUUCUAACCUUAUGCUGAAAAACCAUUAAUUGACUAGAGCUAUACCAUGUGCAUCACAAAUCACCCACG